GCUGCAGCACAGAUCAGUGUGAAUGGAGCAGCACGCACGCUCCACACCAUGAGUGACUCUUCGCCUCCUUGCUUAUGGUUCAAAUGGAUCGCCUUCUUGUCCGUGUAGUUCGAAUAUGGCGGGGCACAGGACAGUGAAAUGAUUAACACGACCGGCUUGGCACUCCUAGGAGCCGGCAGACCGGAGAAGUUACCGGCGGACCGAGCUUUGACGGGCUGCCUCUUGGCGCUGCUCAUCAUUUGGACGCUCUUGGGCAACUUCACGGUUUGCGCAGCUGUUUACCGCUACCGACACCUGCGCGCAAAAGUUACCAACAUCUUCAUCGUGUCUCUGGCUCUGUCGGACCUCCUGGUUGGCGUGCUGGUGAUGCCGUGGAAAGCUGUGGCUGAAGUUGCCGGUUUCUGGCCGUUUGGAGAAUUCUGUAAGACCUGGCUGGCCUGCGACAUCAUGUGCUCCACGGCCUCCAUCCUCAACCUGUGCGUCAUUAGCGUGGACCGGUACUGGGCCAUCUCUAGUCCGUUCCGCUACGAGAGGAAUAUGAACAAGAAGGUGGCCUCUGUAAUGAUCGGGGUGACCUGGACAGUCUCCGUGGUUAUAUCCUUCGUUCCUGUGCAGCUCAACUGGCACCGGGCGGAGCUCGGUGAUGCGCUUCACGGUAAGUCUUCUGACGGGAGCUGUGACUCAAGUCUGAGUCGUACGUACGCCAUCUCCUCCUCUCUCAUCAGCUUCUACAUCCCCGUGGCCAUAAUGAUUGUCACAUACACGCGUAUUUAUCAGAUAGCCCAGAUGCAGAUCCGGAUGAUUUCCUCCCUGGAGCGUGCGGCGGAGCGCGCGCAGAGUCGCCGCUCGGAGGUACUUGAACAAUUCCCUCACAUGUGCAUGGAAAUAGACGCCAACUCGUAUCAGUCUCAUAUCCGUCUACAUGCAGAUUCUCAGCGCUCUAGUCAGACACACCGGGAGCUCAGAGUGUCCAUCAGGAAAGAGACGAAAGUCCUCAAAACUUUGAGCAUCAUCAUGGGUGUUUUUGUCUGCUGCUGGUUGCCCUUUUUUGUUCUGAACUGCGCGCUGCCAUUCUGUCCCGGACCAGAGACCCCGGGGGCACAGAGAGGCCCUUACUGUGUCAGUGAAAAAACCUUCGACGUCUUUGUGUGGAUCGGUUGGAGCAAUUCGUCUCUCAACCCGAUCAUCUAUGCGUUGAACGCGGACUUCAGAGACGCCUUCCUGCGCCUGUUGCGUUGCCGCGGACGAGGCUGUUGCGCAGCGAUGAGCGCAGCGGUGGAGACGGCGAUGGCAAGCAACGAGGCCGGGCAGCUGAAGCACGAGAGCCCGCUGACCGCGAAGGUGAGCGUCUCCUGUGCCCUGCAAGCCAGAGGGAGUGAUGACAGCGGGAACACAAUGGUGACUGUGCUUUAUCACAGAGGGACCAACUCGGAGCAGGUGACUGACACUGAGGAGAGUAAAGACAAAGACAGAUUGACGCAGAUACCGAUAUGAGUGACUAUUUAUUUCAAGCCCGUGUGUGUGUGGGGUCAGGUGCAUUAGGCCUACAAACAUGCAAAAGAAAAGCUCAUUCAAACAGGCAUCUGCAGAAAUAGAAGCACUGGAGCAAGGUGGAUUCACCUCUCAUUUCAAACAUGUGAACAAACGAAAGGCUACAUUAAGAGAAAGAUAUUUAAAUAAAAACAAAGUGAUACCCAUAAUCCAUUUUACCAGGCAUAUGAAAAAAACAUUAAGCCAUUUUUUUCCUUUACAGAACAUCAGUGGUGGUAAGACAGAUCACUAGACUAUUUAUUUAUUUUUACUUGUAAAAUUGUGAAGCUGUAAUAAUUACUGUACUUUGUUCUCAGGGAUAUUAACCCCAGAUGGACUACAAUUCUUUUGGGGGGCUUGCAAAAUGUAAUGUGAAAUCUACCUCUUCAUUUCAU